UCGGUGACGUCACGUGGGUUGACACCCGCGCUACAGAAUUGGCGAGGCCGGGCCCGCUCUGACAUCACUGAUCUGCAUUGCCUGCGUCACAUCAGCAACCCUACUCCAAGCUGCGUGUUUAGGGCGGCCGACAAGGCGAACAAUACCCGGGCAUCCUCUGCAUAUCCGUGGCCCUGCCUCCCCUCAGCCUCCCUACACUCUUCAAGAGCAGCAUGUAAACAAUGCGCCCAUAGGCUACAGCGAGCUGCCCAUCGCGGGAAGCGGAUACCCAGGGGAUCGCGGGCUGAUUGGGGGAAGAGAGCCGAGGAUGGAUUUCCAGCAGCUGGCGGACGUGGCGGACAAAUGGUGCUCCAAUACUCCCUUCGAUCUAAUCGCCACCGAGGAGACCGAGCGAAGAAUGGAUUUCUACGCCGACCCCGGGGUCUCCUUCUACGUGCUCUGCCCCGAGAGCGGCUGCGGGGACCAUUUUCAUGUAUGGAGUGAGAGUGAGGACUGCUUGCCUUUCCUACAGCUAGCCCAGGAUUAUAUUUCCUCCUGUGGCAAGAAAACUCUGAAUGAAAUACUGGAAAAAGUCUUCAAGUCUUUCAGACCUCUGCUUGGCCUCCCUGACGUGGAUGAUGACACUUUUGAGGAAUAUAACGCAGAUGUGGAGGAGGAGGAGCCAGAAGCAGAUCACCAACAAAUGGGUGUCAGCCAGCAAUAGAGUCUUUAGUGGGUUCCAAAGUAGAGAAAUUAAUUCCCAAACUAACGUAAUAGUUAUUACAUUUUUCAAAAAGCAGAAAACUCUCCCCCAUGGAGCUUUAGCUAAGAACUGAGCUGCCCAUCUAGCCUGUUGACCGAAGAGUUCCUAUGAGUGUUCUCUUGCUUUCCACCAUUCUCAAUUCUAGAAUUAAGCUUUGUUUUGGGCGGUUGUGUUGAGACUGGAAUGUGACUUGAUAUAAUGAAUGUAGCACACUGAAUACUGAGGCUGUGUCUAUAUAUGGGGAAAGCUAGAACCUCAUUUUGGUGCAAGUGAAAAACAAGCAGGGAUUUCAGUUAUUCAUUUUUACUUUUACACUAGACAAACAGCAGCAGGCAUGAAUGCUGAGAAUGCUGAGAAAAGUGUUACUGAUUAAACAUUUCCCUUAAAAUUGGGUUCUGGAACAUGAAUGAAUGGUGGAUGUGUAUUUUUAUGGUGAUAUCAGGAUAAACACUACUAAUCCGAAUACCUAAUUUAUUAUUUAGACUAUCCAUACAGUCUUGCGCAGCUAGGCCAGACACAAAUAUGUACAUCUGCACACCCACAGUAACUGACGCCUCUGUCUUCACUAGAUCAGGAAAUCUGAUUAUGUUGCCUGGUAAUAACCCCUUAUUCACUGGAUAUUAUAAACCAUGCUUUAACACAUGGGGGUAAAUUUAUCAAAGAGUGAAGUUCCGCCACUAGAGUGAAAUUCCGCAGCUCUCAAUUAAUUUCUAUGGGAUUUUGAAAGGCGUAUUUAUCAAUGGGUGAAAGUGAAAGUUCACCCUUUGAUAAAUAUGCCUAUAAAAAUCCCAUAGAAAUAAAUGGAGAGUGGCGGAAUUUCACUCUAGUGGCGGAACUUCACUAUUAACUUCACUCUUUGAUAAAUCUACCCCAUGGCAACUGAUAUUCACUGUAUAACAGAACGCAAAUACAUGUUCCCUCAAAUUAACACAUUUUAAAGUCUUAUAAUAAAAUGCUAUAAAUCUUCCUAUUGGGGCACCUUAAGAUAUUUCCAGACAGUAUGAGUAAUCCCCUGGAGACUAUAUGAAAUUAAAGGGAAAUAUUUUAAAAUUUUAUUCUGAUCAUUGUGCUCAAGCAGAUAUUCAAAGCAUGCAUCAGAAAUAUUGCAAAGCUUGCGAGCAGGAAUAGUAUUAGACAAUAAAACGGUAUAGGGCAGCAUGCAAGGUAAGAUGAGAAAUAAAUAAAGAAUGUUCUCUGUGCAGUCUCUGUGAUUAAAACGAGACCAUCAAAAAACUGGAUAAUGCUUCCAUCUCUCUCUCUCUUCAUUGUGCCACAUGGUUAAUACUGAAAUCUAAAAUAGGUUUCCAGCCAGUUUCAGUGCUGCAAAGUCUAUAUAUUGCAUAAUCUGCUAAUUUUGUGGUCUUCAACAUGCAGUUCAAUAAAUGUAAUCAGUAUUUGUGGUUUUAA